AUGGGGGAGGCCGACAACUCGGAGAAUUCUAUAGAUGGGAUGGGUGCGAUGAGAUUUACCGAUGAGGAAGAGCGAGGCUUUUUCGGUUCUUCAUCCAACAUCGCCUUCAUGGGAUACAUAUCUCGAGCAAUGGCGACGGUGAAUCCUGAUCGCGCAUCAUUUUCGGAAAUAUUACCAUCAAUACAAAGGCCUGGUGGCGUCGUGAGCGUGACUCGCUCUCAAGCUCCACCGAUUGAUGAAGCGGCCAUGUCAGACCCAUCUCCCGCCCCGACACUCGUGAAAAUAUAUGCUUUACCGCCAGAAGAUCGGGCCUGGAAUUUGAUUGACCAGUAUUUCCAGAAGACGGGUCAGCUACUCCCUUUCAUCCAUGAACUCUCUUUCCGGGAGACAUAUAGUCAGAUGCGGCGUGAAGGUUUCAAUAAAGUCAGCCGGACUUGGCUCGGGUUAUUUAACAUAGUGCUUGCAAUAUCUGCGAGCCUGUCAGCCAAAGAUGAGCUUCCUCCAGAGGAACGCAUUAAAGAGUCUGAUAUUUAUUAUCAAAGAGCCAACGGUCUUUGCGACAGAGACUCCAAACGUAGUACAAGCCUUGAAAUGGUGCAAUAUCUUUUGAUAUUAGCUAUAUCUACCGCGUAUCAGCUAGGUUUACAUUCGCCCGAUGCAAAUCAAGGAUAUCCUGCGUUGGAAUGUGAAAUUCGGAAACGAACUUGGUUUGGUUGUGUGCUCUUGGAUCGAACUCUCGCUAUGACUUUCGGUCGCCCAUGUUCAAUCCCCGAGUCAUACAUAAAGUUAGAUGCUCCCUCUAAGGAUAUCCACAUGCUGAACUCCAGCGAUGAAAAGGCUUCUUAUUCCCCGUUUGACGGUGCUUUUUAUACUGCUGCAAUACAAUUAUAUUCCAUAUUGUACAAAGUGUUGGAUGUAUGUUAUGGACAAAAUCUUAGUCUUAAAAACUCAAUCCACGCCUCAGACUGGAUGUCGCAUAUUCUCGAUGGGCAGCACCAGCUCAGUCAAUGGCGAACUAAACUCCUGCCUUCUUUAGGGCUGCAGAUCCAACCGGACUUGAUGACCCCCGAAGAUGUGAUGAAAAUGAAUACCCGCUUUUUCAUCCUUGAUCGAUUUAAUAUCGUCCUCUCUAUGCGCUAUCACAACCUACGGAUCCUGCUACAUCGACCUCGACUGGAGAGCUUCCUGGAAGCCUUUUGGAGUACCGAUGAUGUGGGCGACCAGGAGAAACGCAUCAUUAUGCAGAUGGAUAUCGCAAGCGUACAGAAUUGCGUUGAAUCAGCUGUUUCCAUCAUCUCCAUAGCCCACAGCAUUACCACAGCGUCUUCUUCACAUCGCGAGCUUUUGGGCGCGUGGAAUUAUUCACUAUAUUACACAUUCAAUGCUGCGUUGGUAAUUUUCAGCUCUCUCGUGGUUGCUUCCAAGGAGCGCGAAGGCAAUCCAUCAGCAUGGAGUGUGGUCGAUGAGUCUCGUCCCUAUCACGACAAGGCAAUCGAAGUUUUACACCGACUUGAUCAUGGAAAUCGCGUGGUGGGACGAUGUAUUGAAUACCUUUCACAGCUUUCCCUGGUGCUUAAUACUUUGAGUACGUCAGACCAGUUUAAUUCCAACAACAAUGGUCUAUCCAAUUUGCUCUCGGGCUACACAAGCGACUUUCUUGAUGCUCAAUCCACCAAUCCAUUACCUGCCAUGGAUCUAGGGGAAUUUAUGAUUGAUCAGGACUUGGACUUUCUAGGAAAAGUUUUCAAUACAGCUGUAAAAUGA